AAUAGAUUCCUUUAAGUUCAGACAUUAACAUUAGACACUGUUCUUUACGUUAACACGUAUUUGUCCUUACUUAAUUCUAUAUUUCGGUCCGCUAUUUCUGGAUUUGUACCUGAGCGCUGAACCGGCCAAGCUCCCCGGUCCCCGUGUGACUAAAACAAGUGCAGCGAUUCGCUAGGUUAUGGAGACCUCCUCGCCAGGCAGCCAAUCUGAAGCAAUUAGGAAGUGUAUUCCCAUAAGCAGUCCGGUGUGUUUUGAAAUAAUUUGCAGUUCGGAAUUAUUGCUGCUCGUCGUUUGCAAAGUUUCCACCAUGGAAAACGGAGGGAAGAUUUCGCAGCCGAAAAGUGGCGCCCGAGAGAGAAAGAGGGGUGCGACAGAGAGAGCUGCCGAUGCAGGAGUAUUAAAGCUGCAGAGAAACGAAAGGACAAGUAUGGAGUCUUCCUUGGAAAUGCAGGUCGUGUCUGAAGUUGUCCAGUACGAAAUAUCAUCACCUCUGUCAGCCAGACAUUAUGACCGAGACACCACAGAGCCAGUCAGCUUCAGCCUGAAGUCCCUGAAUGAACUGUUGUCAUGGGAACCUAGUGCUUCUGACCUUUUCAAUGUGGCCACUGUCCCUCUGGCCUCUCGACUGCCUCCUCUGGCCAGUGGCCAGCCCAAGACACUGGUCUGUCACGACAUGAUGGGUGGCUAUCUGGAGGACAGGUUUAUCCAGGGUGCAGAAGCUGAGACAGUCUAUGCCUUUUAUCAUUGGGAAUACAUCGACAUCUUCGUCUACUUCAGCCACUACCCGGUCACCAUCCCUCCUGUGUCCUGGACCAAUGCUGCCCACAAACAUGGUGUCUCUGUCCUUGGUACUUUCAUCACUGAGUGGGAUGAUGGGAGCAAGAUAUGCGAGACCUUCUUGGCUGGAGAGGAGCCUUACCGCUCAGUAGCCGACAAACUGGUGCAGAUUGCACACCACUACGGCUUUGAUGGCUGGCUGAUCAACAUAGAGAACCCUCUGAGUGAGACCGCGGUGAAGAACACCCCUGCUUUCCUGCGCUACCUCACUGAUCAGAUGCAUCAGCGAGUGGAGGGCAGUGUGGUGCUGUGGUACGACAGCGUGCUGCAGAACGGGGAGCUCAAGUGGCAGAAUGAGCUCAAUGAUCAGAACAGGGUGUUUUUCCAGUCAUGUGAUGGCAUCUUCACCAACUACAACUGGAGCGAGUCAAACCUGGAGGCAAUGGUAUCCCGUGAUGCCAAGCAGAUGGCCAACAUCUACGUGGGAGUAGACGUGUUUGCACGAGGAGAGGUGGUUGGCGGGAAGUUUGAAACAAACCAGGCCCUCAGGCUGAUCAGGAAACACGGUUUCUCAGCUGCCAUCUUUGCUCCGGGGUGGGUGUACGAGUGUCAUGAGAAGAAAGAGUUUCGGCAGAAUCAGGACAAGUUUUGGGGCCUACUCUCCAAGUUCCUGCCCACUCAUAGCGUCUCUCUCCUUCCCUUCGUCACCUCCUUCUGCCAAGGGUUUGGAAAGAGCUUUUUCUGCAAAGGAAAAGUGGAGGAAGUGAAAAGCUGGUUUAAUCUGAGUGCGCAGGAAGUGCAGCCCCUUUUCAUUGAUCACAGCUCAGACGACGAAGAGGGUGGCUGGGUGAGGACCCGAGGCUGUCCUGAAGAUGCCUGGAAUGGGGGAAGUUCCCUGUUGAUUGAGGGGAUGAUUCCUUCCACACAUUCUAAUAUAGCUGUGAGGCUGUUUUCUCUUCAUUCUACAAUUCCUACUAAGACGUUUGUCUCCUUUACCUACAAGCUAGAAGAAUCUCCCAAUGUUAAAGUUGCCUUGGAAUUGAAAACCAUUGAUGCCCCUGUCUGUUUAUACCAGGGAAUCGAGGACGUACCUGGCACCAGCGUGCAGCCUCAGCCCCUGCAGGAGGGGGAGAGCUUGGUCAGCCAGUUCAGGCACCGCUGUGGGCUCAGGGACUCAGAGGGCUGGGUCACCCGGUGUUUUCUGGUGGAGUCGAAAGGCUGCUUGCUUCGGGACAUCUUUAUCAACGUGUCCCGUGAGAUCUCAGGGGAGGAGGCCUACUUUGUCUGCAGAGUUGGAGAGAUUAAGAUUCUGGAUGUUGAGAACCUGACUGCUAUUCCUGCGCCUGUUCGGAACCCUUCCUUGAGUGAGGUAGUCUGGCGAAGGGGCGUUGGUAGCGGAGAGGGGUAUGUCCAGAAGCUGUAUUUCAAUGCCACCCUGCAUUGGCAAUACCCUGCCAACCAGGCCAGACACUUCCGUGUCUACUGGAGGCGCCUUCACGACCCAAAUACACAGGCAUCCUCUGGACAGGAGCCGCAAGUCCUGAUUGGAAGGGCCUAUGCCACAUUAUACCGUGUAGUGGACUUGCCUGUGCCAGAUGCUCGGGACACUGCCCCCUGCUGGCUGGAGUUUCUGGUGGAGCCCAUCACCAGGGAGGGUUUUGCAGUAUCUGAGUCACACUGGGGGAGACUGGUCUUGAAAUACACUGAGCCAGCACGGGCAGAAACAGCCACAGGCGUGUAAUAACAAAGGCCUCUGCGUACGCUUUUCACACACACCAGACAAUGAAAUAUCAAAGUUAUGAAGCAGAAAGUGAGACUCAUAUAGCCCUCACAGCAGUGUUUUCACUUCAUAACAGGGAUGGCUAGACCUGCUCCGUGAAUAGCGAGCACUGUCUCGCCUUAAAAAAAAUGCUAUUGAUGUAUUUGAUCAACAGGGAAUUUAUUAAGUCGAAAAGUUUGUCCAAAAUUUUGUAUGCUUUUUAUUUGUCAUGGAAAAAAACUUGUGCUCUUCAGGGAGUCAUGAAAAGCAAUUAAAGAAGUAUUGCAGUUACAAACUGUUCUGUAGGAUUUGUUCUGAAUUCAUCUUCUGCCCACUUUCCCGUUUUCACUCUCUGGUACUCGCCAGUGGUUGAUACUCAUUUCCGCAGGGAUCACGUACCAAAGGCACUCAGAACAGAAACUGAGCCUAACUCAAAGCUAGGUGAACCGAAGUUAAGGAGUCUGGGAAAUAAACGUUUAAUUUUAGUAUACAAGGAAAACACAAACUCGGAUUCAUUGUUCUGAUCACAUUAAUUUAAGAGUUGGCAUCAUUUUAAGAUUUUAAGAAAAUCCAAGGUUUUCUUUUUUCAGAAUAAAACAUGAGGCUUUAGCUUCGGCUUGUACUGAAUCUAGGGACUGAUUUGUGAAGUGAAUCUUAAUAAUCUUGGUAAAUUUCUGUAAAAUGUUGCAUUCAUUCCCAUGAUGUAUUAGGUCAUUAAUGUGCUAUUUAAUUCUGCCCUUGUUAUCAUAACACAGCUUCUUUACUCUUAUAGCAUGUGGACUGUAAGAAAAGCCUGACAGGUUCCAAGGAAUUGUUCCUGUAGUUUAAAAAAUAUUCUUUUAGUUGUAUAAUAAUUGGAUUCUUAUGCAUAACUAGUGUAACACCAUGCUAGGAUAACACUUUUUGCCAAUCUGACAUCCUGUGCCUGGCCUGACCAAACAAAAUAAACAAAAUAAGCAAAGAGCAUAGCCUCCCUGGAGCUGUGUGGCUCUUAAAACCAGCAUUUCUGAUGCUGCUUAAAUGGACUUGUGUGUGUGAUUUGGGGUGGGUGGGUAUGUGUGCGUGCAGAGCCCUUAAAUUGUAGUGCAGUCUUGGCUCUUCUUCUCAGAUUUAGUUGAAUCAGGAGGCCUUUUGUGUGCUUUAAAAUAACAAGAUGGUUUUAAUCAGGUUUGCCGCUUGUGGACACCAGAGGUUUCUGUUGUGUGCUUGUAAUGGGAGCAGAGUUGUUAUGCAAUUCCAAGCACAGUGCAUUUUGCUCCAUCAACUAGGUACAUUUGUAAUAUUAAGUAUACAGUAUUUAUUCAGUUUUUGUAUGCAUACAGUGUAUUCUUCAUUAAUAAUUUAUUGUGUUUGUACAUUUUGUCAAAGAGCUUUACACAAAGGAACAUAUCCACUGAAUCUAGGUGAUGCACAGCAGCCUCAGUACACAACAGAAUAAUAUCACUGUUCUUAUAGCUCUUCAGGAUCUUUAAUGAAAUUGUCAGGACUUCAGGUUACUCAAGGAUAGCACAAUGUCCCAGAUCACCAUUGGAUAUUUUGUGGUCAUGGGGAAAGAGCACCACUUACUGGUCUCCAAUCUCCUGGUGUCUAAGCCAGUAUUAACCAGGCCCGACUUUGCUUAGCUUCUGAAAUCUGAUGGGGUCAAGCUACUAGCUCUUCUGUACUUUUUUGUUAAUAUACUAACUAUAUUCUCCUAUAUACCUAUAUAAAUGUCACCUGCUGCGAAUUUUGGAGAAGCUAAUUUAGAGGUGAUAUUUCAUCCUGGAUUAACUUUUGACCCUCAGGUGAGGAACAUUGUAAAAUCAUCAUUCUUCUAUCUCCGAAAUAUCCCCAGACUACCUCCCAUGUUGUGUUUAACUGCAGCAGAAAAGCUGGUCAACACAAUUGUCUUUUUUAAAAUUGAUUACUUCAAAACCCUGCUCAGUGGGGUAUCUGCUGUAGUUCCACAAUGAACAAUCUCCAAUAUGGUCUGAAUUCGGAAACCAAAAUCCUGACCGGGAUGCCUGGAAGCGAUCAGAUUACCCCUGUCUUUGCACUGGCUUCCUAUCAGGUUUUGUGUUGACUUCAAAAUCCUCAUGCUCACCUACAGUUAAAGCCUCACACCUCGGUACCUAUCUGACUAUUGCUAUACAGUAUGUCCCCCAAGCUCUUUUACACUCUAUGGGUGACAGGGCAGGGCCUUUUCCUGUUUUGCUCCAAAGCUCUGGAAUUCUAUCCCCAAGGAUAUCAGUCAGUCACCUUCCCUGAAUGCAUUGAAAACUAAACUCAAAAAUGUCUUUCUUUUCAGAAAAGCUUUUAUUUUAUUUGUGUCUGUGUUGGCUGUAUUGCCUAAUCAGUAUGUAUCUCCUUCUCUACUUCACAUCACUUGUUUCUCAUAUGCUUAUUUUUGUAAUUUUGUAACUUUUAUUUUAAGUGUUUUUAAACUAACUGUAAAGGGCUUUGAGAUGCUGCU